ACAUAACAUUUCUUAAUUUAAAACACUUAAGUGAAUGAUUUGAUUCUAAGAUCAGCAGGUCAUAAAAUGUUUGUUUUAUGAUAGGACAGUUAGGACAACUGCGAAUUGCCUGUUGAGAGACUAACUCCGCUCGCGGUGUCUCUGCUGCGUGAAUAGGUGGUGCGCGCUCUAUGGCUGGCAAAACAUUCAUAUAGAGUUUAUGGGACACCAACUGGAUGGAUUCAGCUUCCGUAACUCCGAAGAAUUUUUGAGAACAUUUUCUCUUGAUGUUUGGGACUUGGACAUUAUCAUGUCGCGCAGGAAACAAGCAAAUCCUCAACAUGUACAGUUCGAUCAUAAUAUGUCUUUAUCGGAACACAUGGGAGACACACUCCUUCUUUUGGAGACUCCACCUUGCAUAUUAGACUUCAGAGCUCAUGUCUGCCAUAGAUGCUGUGCAGAGUUUGUCGAACUAUCAGAUCUGGAACUACAUGUCAGGAAUUGCUCCCCCAAUCAGUUAGUGCUUGUAGUCAGUGACAAUGACGAUCCAAUGUCAUCUGCUGAGAUAUUCCCUUUAGGAUCGUCGCCCAGGGAACCAGACUACAUCUCUGAAAUGGAAGAGUGCAGUAAUUUGUCGGAGGAGAAAUCAGAUGGGAAUGAAGACUUCAUGGAUGUUUCCCAAAGUAAGAGGAGCCACAAUAGCCUACGUAGCCCCGGUAACACCAGUAGCAGCGAGAGCAGCAGUACUGACAGCACGACUAACAUUGACUCACAUUCCUCAGUUUUACCAACUGUACUACUUCAACCUGGCAACAACCCAUCAGAACAGCAGGGGACCUUCUCAUGGAUCAACAGCAAUGUUGUCAUUGAAAACCUAGAGAACACUAAAGUGGCUGUGGCCCAGUUUUCCCAACAAAGUCAGUUGGACUCACAAAGCAGUGACAGUAGUAAGGUGGCCAUCUCAUCUUUAAUGGAACAACUCCUAGCCCUGCAAUUGCAGCAGAUUCACCAGCUGCAGCUGAUUGAUCAAAUUCGUCACCAGGUGUUGUUGUUUGCCUCCCAAAGGCCUGAGGUAUCAGAGAUUCUGACGUCCACCAACUGCCCUCAGGGUAAUCUAGCAUCAAUGCAACCCAGUCAGCUAACAACUCUCAGUUCCCAUUUAUCCCAGCAGCUAGCAGCAGCUGCUGGCUUAGCCCAGAGUCUUGCCAGCCAGUCUGGCAGUGUCGUACACUUAGAACGAUUAAGAGCAACAGCACAAUUACCGGAGAUGCAUCUUGGUAGCAUUGUGCACUCUAGUACUGAACCCCUACAAAACUUGGGUAAACACAUAGCUUCAGCAGUUAGCAAACAGCCCUAUAGAAAGAAGUACACACAUGAUAGUGGUCCCUAUUCUCAAGUCAGUAUCUCAUCUCAGACCAAAGUGUCCUCAUCCACAACUGGCACGAAUAGCUCGCUAAAUCCUUCAAAUAAAUCCCAUCUCCCUCACCCACCACCCAGCAAUCAAACACUGUCUAGAGCCGGACUAAAUAUUGGCGCAGUUGUGGAGGACCUGAAUGCCUUGACGAUGCUAGCCCAGCAAAGGAAAGGCAAACCACCCAAUGUGACAUCUUUUCAUCCCAAAAGCUGUUCCGAUGAGGCUUUUUUAAAACACAAAUGCAGGUUUUGCGCAAAGGUAUUUGGGAGUGACAGUGCCUUGCAGAUCCAUUUGCGAUCCCACACUGGGGAGAGGCCAUACAAGUGCAAUAUAUGUGGGAACCGUUUCUCCACACGUGGGAACUUGAAGGUACACUUCCAUCGGCACAAAGAAAGGUACCCCCACAUCCAGAUGAACCCUAACCCCGUUCCAGAACACCUGGAUAAUAUCCCAACCAGCACAGGAAUCCCUUAUGGCAUGUCUAUGCCACCAGAGAAACCAAUCACAUGCUGGCUAGAUAGUAAACCAUCAUUAACUACUUUGACUCCUUCUGUUGGCCUGUUGCUCCCAAUUGGAUCACCAAACCUCUUGAUCAAGAAAGAGGAGCAGCCCUUCUCAAUAACAGCUUCCAGUCCUGCUGUGUGUGAACCGUCUAGUGCAGUAAAGUCCUCCAAAAGUUUUGACUUUGUAGAGGCUGGAAAAGUCCCUACAUUUCACAUAUUGAGUCUGAAAACAGACAAUGUUAAACCCCAUUUUACCUAUGCUUCGAAAAUAAGUUCUGUAACAGAAGGAUCGGUUGAUAUAUCCGCCGACGUACCUGUGAUCAACACAAAUCCUAUCGUGUCAGAACAGUUCAGGACCAAAAAUCAUUUUGGGAGUGAUGUUUUUGAUAGCAUUCAGACAUCAGAGACCUCAAAACUCCAGCAGCUCGUGGAGAACAUUGACAAGAAUGUGACAGACCCUAACGAGUGCGCCAUAUGCCAUCGUGUCCUCAGUUGUCAAAGUGCGCUCAGGAUGCACUACCGCACCCACACAGGAGAGCGACCCUUCAGAUGUAAAGUGUGCGGACGGGCAUUCUCCACCAAAGGGAACCUCAAGACACACCAUGCGGUUCAUCGUGCCACGUCACCACUAAGGGUCCAGCACUCAUGCCCCAUAUGCCAGAGGAAGUUCACCAACGCUGUUGUCCUACAGCAGCACAUCCGUAUGCACAUGGGUGACCAGAUUCCCAAUACCCCCAUCUCUGAAAAGAACUACACAAUGUUAGUGAGUGAGAGAAAAUUACAAGAGUUGGAGAAGCUUUCGGACUUUGACGAUGAUAGGGACUUCAAAGAUAGUGGGAUUGCAGGCAUGUCCACUAUUAAUAACUCAUUGUCUGGCAGUUUGUCGCAAUCUCCUUAUACUACUGGAGCAGGCUCCUAUGAUGCAGAGAUGACGACUAACUGUAAUUGGCCAGUGGAGGAGAGGCAGGUCAUUGGUAUAAAGACAACGGGAUUGGGAAAAGAGUAUCAACAGUCCUAUGACUCAUCCCUUGGAUUUGAUAUAAGUGAUGGGAGAUUUGCAGUUUCAGAGAAUACUGCUGCCAAGCAUUCUUUAUCCCCAAGCAAGAUUGUUUCGUUACAUUCUAGCUCCAGAAGCCUUGAAGAAAGGUACCAGAAAGCUUUAUCCCAGGCACAUAUCAGUCCAAGCCCUCUGCAAUACAUUGGCAGCAGCAUGGCAUCCCUUGACCAUAUCAAAUCUUUAAACCCACUGAAGGAUCCCACGAACAUGGUCCACACUUUUCGUGAACAACGGGGCAUCUUUAAGAACACUGCAUGUGAUAUUUGCGGGAAGACAUUUGCAUGUCAAAGUGCCUUGGACAUCCAUUACCGAAGCCAUACUAAGGAGAGGCCGUUCAUUUGCACAGCGUGCAACAGAGGUUUUUCCACCAAGGGGAACCUCAAGCAACACAUGCUGACACAUCAGAUGAGGGACCUGCCAUCUCAGUUGUUUGAGCCAUCCAAUCCCAGCCUUGCGUCCAGCCCUAACUCCUCCAUAAAUCCUCUGGGCUCCCAAAUGAUCAAGACAGAAGUCAACAGUUUCCUAGGUAGUUCUCCCAAUGGGGAACCAAGGGAUCUUCUCUGCAGUUUGGGGAAGACCUCAGCUCCCUCCUCGUCAGCGCUUGCUGCCCCGUCACCUCGGCGUGUUCCCAAGCAGCACUACUGUCACACUUGUGGCAAAACGUUUUCUUCAUCCAGUGCGCUGCAAAUACAUGAGAGGACUCACACUGGGGAAAAGCCAUUUGCCUGCACUGUCUGUGGUCGGGCAUUCACAACCAAAGGAAAUCUUAAGGUCCAUAUGGGAACUCACAUGUGGAGUAGCGCCCUUACCAGACGAGGACGCAGACUGUCUGUGGACGGACCCUUGGUGUUUAUGGGAACUCAUCCUGUGAAGCUACCAGAACCACCCCAGAGGGCAGACAUAAGGUCCAGCAAUGGAGAAUCCUUUUGUCACUGGAACCACUGUGCGGAAUCCUUUUCUCAGGACUUGGUUAAAGGAACAAAUGACAUCUCAGUCAUCCAGAAUGGAGGCCGGCUGUACCUCUCUAGACCAAUGGGGCAUGGAGCCAGCUCGCCCAUCAUGGACAAAUUGCACCAUACAGAACAAAAUGCUGCCCUGGUGCACAAUGGGAAAAACAAUGCUGAAAGAGUGACACGCUUCUGUUUCACGCGUUUGAUAGAAGAGAGGAAGGAAAUGAUUGCCAAUUAAAAUUAUUUUAGGUAGAUAGCAGAUGAUGUUGUUGAUCAACUACAGCUUUUUCUUUUGAAAGACAUUCGAUGGGAUGUUGG